AUGGCUACUAUACUCAAGACAGAUGCACACUGCACGGCGUAUCUUGACCCAAGUGGACCCAUACACAGCAGUUUCAAGGAACGCGUAGAUUCGUAUCAGUGGAUACGAGCUUUCCUGAACGUCGAUCUCUUUGCUCUAAUUCGGGAUUUGGCCAAUGCUGCUCAGCCUCUUCGGGCAAGCUUUUCACGGUGGAAUCAUGAGUCCGCCCUGAAUCAUGUCGUAAAGGAAAUCAUCGAGAUUUGGCAGCGAUACGGAAAGUCGUUCAGCGUGUCGAUCUCCGAAAACGACGGUUUUGUUCUGCUUGAGUGGGCCACAUCCUCCAAGGCUAUCGAUAUGGUGACUGCUCUCUUUACUCUUUAUGCGAGUUAUUCAAAAAGCUACAUUCGCCUUAAAAAUUACCUUCACAUCUGCAAAAUGAUGUGCCAGCGACGAGGAACAGCGAAACUAGGCACUGAACCUGUUCGCUACGACUCUGCCGCUCAACGCAAUACUUCUGCCGCGAAUUAA